AUGCAGGGGGCACUGGAAGUUGUAGAAGAGUGGUGUCAGAGGACGGGUUUAGCGGUGAAUCCACUGAAAACCGGUCUUGCUGUCUUCACUCGCAAAUACAAGGUGGGCACCAUUGUGGGACCCACUCUUGGAGGAGUAAGGUUAGUUCCGACCGAAUCAGUGAAAUAUUUGGGAGUUAUUCUGGAUAGGAAACUGCUUUGGGAGGAGCACCUUCGUAACCGGUGCAAAAGCUUGUGCCAGUAUUUUUGGACGUGCAGAAGGACCUUUGGCCAGACUUGGGGUUUGAAACCGAGUGUGAUACAUUGGAUCUACACAGCCAUACUUCGCCCCAGACUCACAUACGCAGCCGUGGUAUGGUGGACUAGGGUGCAAAAGAAAACAGCCAAAGUUGCGCUGGAGCAUGUCAGGGCUCUGAUUUUGAGAGGGGCCCUGGGUGCUAUGGUUACGACAACAGUGGCGGCGAUGGGCGUAAUGUUCGGCAUCAAACCAUUUCAUCAGGUGGUAGUGGCUGCUGCAGCAAUGGCGGCAUACCGUCUAAGAUGCGAACUAAAAUGGAAGAAGGGAGCCCAGCAUACGAGGCUGCCGGAAAACGUUCUGCUGGAUCCGAUAUUCGAGAUGCGACAGAACAGAAUACCUAUUAUUCGGGCUUCUGAUAGGCGCUUCAAAGUGCAUAUACCGAGGCCGGAGGAGUGGGAAAAGGAAGGUGGAAACUUAGGAACUCGAGUGCGUGGAGGAGAUGUCUGGGUAGAAGCGGAAGAGCACAUCAGAAUUUGUACGGACAGCCAGGCAGCCAUCAAGGCGCUGGGGGCUCCGACAAUAACGUCGCGGUUGGUUCAGGAGUGCAGAGGCGUUUUGAACGAAUUGGCGAGAGAGAAAGAAGUCACCAUUACAUGGGUGCCUGGUCACUCGGGCAUCCUGGGUAAUGAAUGUGCGGACCAGCUAACAAAAGCGGGUUCAGAGACAACGAUGAUAGGACCGGGGCCGGCUCUGGGAAUCCCCUUUUGUCUAGGAAAGGGGAGGAUCAAAGAAUGGCUCCGCAGAGAACAUCUAAGACACUGGAGAGUGGAAUCUGAGUCCAAAUGCAGACAGGCUAGAGCUCAAAUGGAAGAUACUCCUAAUAGGGAACUGGCUUGGAGCAUAAGGGCUUUGAGUAGGAGGGAUGCCAGGACAGCGGUACACAUACUGACGGGUCAUGGCACCUUAAACUACCACAUGUACAAGCUUGGACGUAGCGAUACAUCCAGGUGCAGGGCAUGUGGAGACGACGAGAAAACAAGCCUUCAUGUACUCGGAGACUGUCCUGCACAUGCAGGGUUAAGACACAGGAUGCUGGGCUCAGCACUACUUGGGCCCGAGCAGAUCAGGGAGCUGCCGGUGAGGGAUCUGAUUCUCUUUUGGAGAAAAACGGGUCUCUCAUGA